AUGACUAUCGAGAGCUCUACACAAGCCGAUCUCCAGGACGGUGCAGGGGUCGAUCUCCGUAACGGCGACGUGGGCAGCGACAAGAAGGGUGAAGAAGAAACUUCCGAGACACGCGACAUCAGGCAAGCAACCGGCACGAGACGCGGUGUCAGCAAUGCUCCGGCGACUCCCCCUACACAGGCGGCUAAACGCCAUUGGAAUGGUGUAGACCAGGCUGCGGACGUCAAGCAUCCUUUCGAAGGCGCACUUGGCCGGGACAUCCGGUUAGCCGGGGAAGCUGGUCUCCUAAAUGACUUCGAGACUUGGGUGGGAACGCCCGGUCACGCCAGGGACAGGACUAGAGAGGGUACCCGGUCACUUCUCGAGUGCAUCUACUACCGUAAUCACGUCUUAAACGACAGCGACUUGGAUAAGCGGCUCAACCACCUCGAGGAUGGAACCCAAGCUGCUAAGGACGCAAGACGCAUCUACGUCAACGCGAGCACCUCUAUUCAACGCAAGAUCUCGACGCUCCACGUCCUGCCCGAGGCCCAACGCAUGGUCCAACGAUACAAUGACGAGGGAGAGGACCUCGUUACCGCUACGGGUCAGCGCCUCAAGGAAGUGAUCAUCGACCAAUGGGCCAUCGACCCCGAGCAGGCCGCAAAGCGAAUGUGGCAGCCACUGUGUGGCACCAUCGACUUCGCCGCUAUGUUCCACCCACCAGCCGGCGCCCCGCAGGAAAGGCUCGAUCUGAUGCAGCAGUGGCGGACUUACAACUUCAACGUGUACUUGUGCGCGAUGCACACAGCCGUCAAGCUGCGGAUCAAAGGCGAAGAAGACGGGGCAGAGGUCAACGGUCUUAGGCGCGCAUGGGCGAAGGAGUGGCGUGAGAUGAUCUACGCGAAGGACUUCUCGGGGAUUCCUCCGGUUUCUGAUGUCCCAAUUGGGGCUGGAAAGGGCUAUGGGAAACGUCGGAAGGGUGUGGUGCCAGCUGGACCCUCAAGCAUGGGCUCCGUAUACCACCUGGAGAGGAUGACCUUGCGCUCCACAUGUCACGGUAAUUACCGAUACUAA